CAUCACUGUCUUUAUGGGUUCUUCUGGUCUAAAACUGGACAGAUCGUCUAGUCUGACACCAGUGCUCCCUGUAAGAGGGAUUCCCAAAUGUUGUUGACUACAAUUCCCAUCAUCCUCAGCUGCAAUGGCCUUUGGCUGGGAACUAUGGAGCUGUUAUUAACAACCUCUGGGAAUCCCUCUUUCAGGGAACGCUGCCUAGAACUACGAGCAUUAACGUGGCUCUCAUGGUUUUCCCGAAGGUUGAGCUAGUGUGUCAUUCUAGCUUUUUUCUGUCUCUACGGGUGGCACGUCGUUCGGAGCGAUGCAGGAGUCUUCUCCCUCAGUCAUGUGAUGGAGGCGGAGGCGUUCUCUAUCUUUCUGCGCGUGCGUAAGUGCCAAGUGGAAGAGAAGAAGGCAAUGCCUGCAGAGAAAGCAGAAGCUUUCAGCCUUCUUUCCUGUACCUGUAACAUGAAUCCGAGAAAGAGAAAAUGAACAGGGCACUGAUGACGAGGUGACAGAAUGGAGUCCAAAUGCUGUAGCCAGCCUAACCGGUGGCUGAAGUCAGCCAUGUACACAAUACUUCUAGGUGGUGCCUUUGUUACUCUGGGAUCCAGUCGUAUCCUCCUGAUGAAAUAUUCUGCCAAUGAAGAAAACAAGUAUGAUUACCUUCCUGCAACUGUGAAUGUGUGCUCAGAAUUAGUUAAGCUGGUGCUCUGUCUGGUAAUGGCACUCUGGGUAACAAGGAAAGGGGGAUAUUCUCAUAGUGGAUUUGGCUGCAGCUCAUGGAGACAAUUCUGCAGCUACGUUAAAUGGUCAAUUCCUGCCUUUCUUUAUUUUCUCGAUAACCUAAUUGUUUUCUAUGUGAUGUCCUAUCUCCAGCCGGCUAUGGCUGUGCUGUUCUCAAAUUUUGUCAUCAUCACAACAGCUCUCCUGUUCAGAAUAGUGCUGAAACGGCAGGUUUCCUGGGUGCAGUGGGCAUCUCUGCUGAUUUUGUUCCUGUCUAUCGUAGCUUUGACUGCAGGGGCAGGAAACAACGAACAUAGCUUGAAUGUGCAUGGAUUUCACCACGACAGCUUUUUCUCCCAUUCAAACAGUUGCCUACCAUACACCAAGCCAGAGGGGGAGUGCUGGGGAGGAGAAAACUGCACGGCAGCAUGGCACUUUCCCACCUUCAGGUGGAACAUCACCGUUGCUGCCUCAGGAGCUCUGAGAAAGCUUCCGCUUGGUCUUGGACAUGUACUCAUACUCUUGCAGUGCUUUAUCUCUGCCUUGGCCAACAUCUACAAUGAAAAGAUAUUAAAAGAAGGAGGCCAGUUUAGUGAGAACAUCUUUGUCCAGAACACCAAGCUAUAUCUCUUUGGAGCGAUGUUCAAUGCUUUGAUGCUGAGCCUCCGCCCUGAACGCCGACGGCAGAUAGAAUACUGUGGCUUCUUCUAUGGCCACAAUGCAUUCUCUGUGGCCCUUAUUUUUGUCACUGCCUUCCUUGGGCUCUCGGUGGCUUUCAUAUUGAAGUUCCGAGACAACAUGUUCCAUGUCCUGACCGCGCAGGUUACUACCGUGAUCAUCACCACUGUGUCUGUCUUUGUCUUUGACUUCAAGCCUUCUCUGGAGUUUUUCUUGGAAGCUCCAGUGGUUCUUUUGUCUAUAUUUAUCUACCAUUGCAGCAGCCCUCGAUCCGUGGAAUACACUUCUCAGUGGGAGAGAAGCAAAUUUGGCGGAGGUGCAUGGGAACGUUCCAGCGGGGAUGGAGAAGAGCUUGAGAGACUUACCAAGCAAGACAGCGAUCAUGAUUCAGAGGAAGAGGCCUUAUAGGAUGGGUUUGGCUUUUUGAAUUCCAGGCACUUCUCUGAAAGAAAAUGCGGGUUCAACAAUAUCACGUGGAGGGAGCCUUUUCCAUGAAUAGGUGGAAAGUGCUUUUACUUAAAAAAAAAACCACACCUAAAACCUAAGGAGGGAUUUGAAACUGUAUUUAUUGUCAUCAAGCUCUGCAAGAAAAUCUUAUUUACUUGACACCACCAAAGGGAAGAUCUUCUAUAGCAGUAGAGCAUUCAAGGUGGUAUGGAUCAUGGGAGGCUAUGUGGAUGCAGCUACAUAGAUUUGGAAGCAUCCCUGAACCAUGGAUGUUAAGAUUGCUGAAUCUUAACUCCACUGAACUGAAGUUGAGCAAAGUAUGUCCUUUCAAAGCUGGCGGUACUGGGGGAAAUUCAGACCGUAAUGGCUAGGGCCAUAGAAGCUGCCCAUUUGUAGUCCUCCAGAGAUACAGAUGUGUGUGCUGUUGGACUAUAUUUGAGAUUAUUUUGUGCUGCAAUGUGUUGGGAUGUAGCACUGACAUUGCCUCAUUGGGAAUGUUUUAUAUUGGCAAAUGGGUCUCUGCCCCUAUGUGUAUAUGCUUCAGGGAGCCAUCGCUAACUGUGGUUCCUGGGCAAAUACCUCUGUAAUGCACACAAUUGAAAUGUGCAUUUGUGACAAGCACAACUGUGUGUUUUGGUGUACAUGUAAGAUUUAUACAAUAACAAUUUUAAAAUGUAAUGUGUGAAGCAGCUUUCCGUGGUGGAUUCCGUCACAGUGUAUUGGCAAGGCCUGGUCCGUACUUGGCAGGUUGCUCAUCAGAUGAGCUGCAGGGACUGAGUAUUGCAUACCUUGUAUUCAAGGGCAUGAGGAUCCUCACCUGGAUGUCUAAGGCUUCCUCACCUGGAUAUCUAAGGCUCAAAAUGAGCUUUCUCCCUCCUCAUCGCAAAUUGAAAGAGCCAUCCAGGUGAUGAAAAUGUUGCAUGUUCCUGUUUAUUUUUGGUGCUUUAGUGAUAAAAGCUCAAGGACCACCAUCCAAGAUGAAGUUACGGCAACAAAGAAAUGUAUCCUAUCCAUUUCAAUACAACUAGGAGUCUAAUUUAAUUUAUUGUUAUAUGGAAAUAGAUCUAUUACUAGCUGGGCCGGGCGUCUCCCCCACCCCGGCCGACUUUCUGGUCGGCUGGCCGGAAAGCCGGCCCGCCACCUCCUCCCACCUGCCGCCUCCCGGCAGCGGCCGCCUCCUUCUGCCAGCCAGGCUGCUGCCUUUUGUUCCCAAUAGUUGGGCUGGCCUGCUGCCACUGCCACCUACUCGCGGCAGCCAGCAUCCCUAUUUACUCCCCUGUCCCCAUCGCUUGCAUGGCGGCUCUCGUGAGAGUUCGCGAGCAGCUGCCAGACUAGCGACGGGGACAGGGGAUAGACAGGCGAUGGAUACGUUUAAGAGAGUUAAAUAUACGGAAGAGAGAAGAUAGUGCAUUUCCCUGUGUCUUUCAAUACAAAACUCCAAAAAAUGUGCUGUGUUGAAAAACACUGUCAAAGUCAGCCUUGCAGGUUAGUAUAAAAUACUUGAUACAGCAUUUUACAGGCCUGUCUGUUUGCAUGCUGUUUGGUCAGAAACUGGCUUGAGCAGUGUUCCGAAGUGGUUGAAUAGUCCAGAAAAAAUUAAUAUUUUGCUGGGCAAGUGACUAGUCUGGCAGGGUGAUCAAGAAUAUUUUAAAUCCAGAUGUUUCACUCAGUAUAACUGGGAACCUUGAUAGCACAUGAAUGGUCACAUGUGGAUCUUCAGUUUUACGCUUCCAGCCCCAGUGCCUGUCUCUAAGAUGAAGGCAGAAGUACUGUUCAAACUCUGUCUUGCAGAAGUGUUGUGAGCUGGAAUGUAUGCAAGUACUCCAGUAAGUGGUGGUGUGGUCAUAUAAGCUGCUGCUAAUGUUUCUGUUGUUUGUGUUGAUGGGAGGAUACAGUGUCGCUGGGUUUGCUUCUUUUAUGACACUCCUACAAUGCCUUAAAGAAAUGUCUUAAAGGAGCACCCCCUUGAACCUGACCUAUAAUUUCCUUUACCAGUAUUCCUUCAGAAAUACCAUUUGAAACAAUAAUUUAUUGUUACUAAUAGAAGAGCAGCUUUGAAGCAGGUGUUAAUGUUGACAGUGAUUUGAUUUCUGCUUUGGCUCUUGUUUUACUACUGUAAUAGCCUUGCUGGUUUCUGAGGGAAACUUGUCCAGUGUUUGUCAAUAUAAAGGAAGGCAUGGGCUCCCUGCUGUUCACUCUUUUUAAAUCUGAGUGCAUUCUUUGAGGGACUCAGCCUGACUGCCUCGGGUUAAUGUGGGACCCCUUUGUGUUGGGUUUUGUUUUACAGUCCAGACUUGUGUGCCACAGGGCUAAAUAAACUGAAGUGUACUAACCAA